AUGUUAUUUUGUUUCCUUUCUUUCCAGAUAUUUGAAAAUAAAGGUGCAAUGAUGGGUUGUUCAAAUCCUCAUCCACAUUGCCAGGUGUGGGCAAGUUCUUUUAUUCCAAAUGAACCAGCUGUCAAAGACAAAACACAAAAGAGUUACUUUAAGGAACAUGGUUCUCCCUUGUUAGUUGACUAUGUGAACCGAGAACUUGAACACAAGGAAAGAGUUAUUUUAGCCAAUUCUCAUUGGGUUUGGUUGGUUCCAUUUUGGGCAGUUUGGCCAUACGAGACAAUGCUUCUUCCAAGAAGACAUAUCUUACGUUUACAAGAUCUUACUGAGGAAGAAAAAGACAGUCUGUCUGUCAUCAUGAAGCAGCUUCUAACCAAAUAUGACAACUUAUUCCGUACAUCAUUUCCAUAUUCUAUGGGAUGGCAUGGUGCACCUACAGGAAGUUAUUUGAAAUCAGAUCAAACUCAUUGGCAACUCCAUGCCAUGUACUAUCCACCUUUGCUUAGGUCAGCAACUGUAAAAAAAUUUAUGGUUGGUUAUGAGUUACUCGCACAAGCCCAAAGAGACCUCACAGCAGAACAGGCAGCUGAGAAAAUACGCAACCAAUCAGACAUUCACUACAAGCUAAGUUCAAAGAUGGAAGCCUAA